AUGCUGCGCUGGCUGUGGGGCUGUGUGCUGCCCGCGGCGGCCUGCCAGAAUAAUGACGAUUACUUACGCUAUGGCAUCCUCUUCGAAGACCUGGACCACAACGGGGACGGCGUGGUGGACAUCUUGGAGCUCAAGGAAGGGCUGAAAAACUGGAGCUCCUCGUUUGGGCAGAACUCGGAGAUGGAAAUUCUUCAGGCUGGGGAUAAAAAUGCUGAUUCAGGAUUGGACUUUGAAGAAUUUGUGCGAUAUCUUCAAGACCAUGAGAAAAAAAUGAAGCUUGCAUUUAAUAGUCUGGACAGAAAUAGUGAUGGAAUGAUAGAAGCUUCAGAGGUAAUUGCUGCUGUGAAAUCAUUGGGUAUAGAUAUUUCUGAAGCUCAGGCAAACAAGAUUCUGAAAAGCAUUGACGCUGAUGGGACAAUGACAAUAGACUGGGAUGAAUGGAGGGACUACUUUUUACUUCAUCCCGCAUCAAAUAUCAAUGAAAUUAUUCGUUUCUGGAAGCGUUCUACAGCAGUUGACAUCGGAGAGAGUAUAGCCAUUCCAGAUGAAUUUACUGAACAAGAAAAGCAGUCUGGAGAUUGGUGGAAGCGUUUGGUAGCAGCAGGAAUAGCUAGUGCUGUCGCAAGGACAUGCACAGCACCUUUUGACCGCUUGAAAGUCAUGAUGCAGGUUCAAAGUUUAAAGACAAGGAGAAUGAAAUUGAUUACUGGAUUUGAGCAGAUGGUGAAAGAGGGAGGUGUUCUUUCUCUUUGGCGAGGAAAUGGUGUAAAUGUUUUUAAAAUUGCACCAGAGACAUCAAUCAAGAUUGGGGCCUAUGAGCAGUAUAAGAAAUGGCUUAGUUUUGAUGAUACUCGUAUAGGAAUUCUUCAAAGAUUUAUAUCUGGUUCAUUGGCUGGAGCAACUGCCCAGACCUGUAUUUAUCCCAUGGAGGUACUGAAGACCAGGUUGGCAGUAGCUACAACAGGAGAGUAUUCAGGGAUCACUGAUUGUGGCAAGAAGCUUCUGAAACAAGGAGGUGUCAGAACAUUUUUCAAGGGUUAUCUCCCUAACAUGCUGGGCAUCGUACCAUAUGCAGGCUUAGAUCUUGCUGUUUAUGAGCUUUUGAAGAAUUAUUGGCUAGACCACUAUGCAGAAAACUCCGUAGAUCCUGGGCUAAUGAUUUUGCUGGGCUGCAGUACAUUAUCUCACACUUGUGGCCAAUUAGCCAGCUUCCCUCUGAACCUCAUUAGAACUCGCAUGCAGGCUGAAGCCCUGGCAGAAAAGGAAACAACACCAAUGAUUCAACUCAUUCGAGAAAUAUAUAAAAAAGAAGGAAAAAAGGGAUUUUUUAGGGGCAUCACCCCUAACAUCAUAAAGUUGCUUCCUGCAGUAAUCAUCGGCUGUGUGGCUUAUGAAAAAGUGAAACCAUAUUUUGGAUUAAAAUAG